AUGGCAGCGGCGGACACCUCCUCUUUUUCCAGUCUUGCAACGUUGCGUAGUAACAGUGACGGCGUAUGUGACAGGGGCGGAGGCAAGAACGGCGACACGGACACUGUGCUACCGCUGAACCGUGCCACGACGGCCGAUGCUGAAGCGUCGGCCAACCGUGCCUACCUCUCCCGCACCUCACUGGAGUACAUUGUCUCCGUCGUCUUUGUCGCCGUUGUCAUCCUCUAUUCUUGCAUCUACAGGAUCGCCUGCAUUGGCCGUGAGCAUCACGAAGAGCUGAAGGAGAAUCUUAAGCCACCGUGGGCACUCUACCGCUGGCUCGGCAGCAAAGGUGUGGACAUAACGGACCUGCAGUGCUACUACUUUGUGGUGGCGAUGCCCCCAUCCAUACCGUACCUGAUCGGCUUCCUGCUCCUCUCACGACGACUGCGACGCCAUGCCGCAUCGAAGACGGCAACAGUCGUAAACGAAUCUACCACCGCUGCGGCUGGCGAUGGCAAGGAGCGCAGUGGUUCGAUGGCAAGCAUUCACCACCCAGAGCACGUCAUCGGCGACAGCAGUGUUGGUAGGAGCAGCGUCGGCCCUACGCUCCUGAUUCGCAAAGACGUGUCGGCCCUCCAAUUCCUUCACAUCAUCGCUGGCAUGUUCAUUGCUCUGUGUCUCUGCGGGCCGGGGUUUCUCUUCGGAGUGGUAAUUAUGUUGCUCAACUUCUACCUGAUCGCGCCGCUUUACAAGAGAGUGUCCUUUCGGGUAUCCAUGACGGUGAUGUGGGUGAUGCACGUGUUGGUCCUCUUCUUGAACUACCACGCUGGCGGGUACCGGUUUGCCUGGCUUGGGCUCAGCUUCCUCGAUAACCUGUGGUCGCCGCUGAUCCAGUGGACCACCCAGUAUAGCAUAUCGGUGCUGCGCAUGAUCUCCUUUAACAGUGAUCUCUGGGAGUCAGUCAGCUAUGGCGAGGAGCGGCGGCAGAAGUCGCUGGCGAAGCACGCACACACAUGCAUUGACUGUGCUCAGAUACGCGACCGGCACCGCCACGCCGUCAGCUCUCUCCCGCCGGAGGCACUCUCGUGUUACAAGUGCCGCACAGAAUGCUCGCGGCACGUGGAAGAGUUCACUCUCAGCGCUUACCUCGGCUAUAUAUUCUACCUGCCUCUUUUCAUGGCGGGGCCGGUGUCGUCCUUCAACGCGUACGUGUCCUACCAGCAUUACUCGGCACGGAGCGUUGAGGGCAAGGCUAUCCGGCGGUACGGAUUGCGCUUAUUGAGCCGCGCUACCUUGCUAGCAACGAUGAUGCACUACGUGCCUAUCAUGGCCAUUCUGCUGACACCCGCUCCGUCAUCCAGUGGUGCGGCUGAGGCGGUGUCUGCCGCGGGGGCGAUCGCAGCGGAAGGAGCUGCGCUGGCGCGCAGUAUGGGUGCUAUGGCGGUCACCACGAGCAGCUUUCCAGCCGGCAACGCACUACGGAAUAUGGUCAGCACAACCACGGCAACCACAACACCCACAGCAGCCGCUGUUACCCUCUCGGUGAUGGAGCAGAUGGGGGUUACGGAGAAGGCAUCCCUGUUUCUACUGACACUGGCCUUCCUGUGGGCGAAGCUCGACGUUAUGUGGCGCUUCUUCCGCUUCUUCGCGCUGCUGGACGGCUUCGACCCGCCGGAGGACAUGCCGCACUGCUUCGCUAACGCUGUGAGCAUCCAAUGCUUCUGGCGCGACUGGCACGCCUCCUUCAACCUGUGGAUCGUGCGGUACAUGUACAUCCCGAUGGGCGGCAGUCGCACCAAGUUUCUCUCCAUAUUUCCCAUCUUCUUCUUCAUUGCCAUCUGGCAUGACAUCGAGCUGCGUCUGAUCUUCUGGGCCGCAAUCAUAUGCAUCGCAUUCAUCCCCGAAAUCGCCGUCACUCUCUUCUUCUCCUCCGAGAACCCGGUGGUGAUUCGAAUCAAGCGCUCGCCGCUUAUGUGGAGGUUCCUACGCGUACUCGGGACGCAGCUGGCGCUGAUUGAGUUGACUGUAGCGAACCUUGUCGGCUUCUCCGUUGGUACGACCGGCGCGGUGUGGGCCGCUCAGCACAUGUUUCGCGAAAUGCCCUUAACGUUCAAGAUCUUCGCACCGUGCUUCUACCUCUGCUCGGCGAUCAUCGCCAUCCAAAACAGAGACCAGAAAACGUAUGAGCAGCAGCAACUGAGACUAAAGUACGAUCUCCAGUAA